CACAGCCGUACGAGGAAUCGCGAUUGUCUUCCCUCUAUUCCUCUACGACUGUGCAGCUUAGUUCCACAUCGCAUUGUUUAGUAUGCAUAACAAAUGAUACAAGAGUUGAUUCUUCUGUGAAAAUGAAUUCAAUUUAAUUGUGAUCUAUCUUAUAGUUUUGAAAAACUCGUGCUAAGACUGAACCGGGAAGCCAGCAACAAUGAGCUUUCUGGGCCUCCUCAGCUAUGUCUCAUUCAUGGUGCAGAUCUGCGUUGUGACGGUGUCGAUCGGUUUGUUUUGGUUUCUAUGAUUGCUGCCGGUCUUUAUUACCUGGCGGAGUUGGUGGAGGAAUACACAGUUAUAGCGAAAAAGAUCAUAUCCUGGAUGGUUGUAGUGUCUGUCCUGCUGUAUGUCGUAUUUAUAUUCACCGAACGAUUUUCCUGGACUAUGCUGGUGUGUGGGCUAGGAGCGCAAGUGUUACAUGCCGUUAUUCUUAAAAAUUUUCCUUUCGUGAAAUUUUUGUCACCAUCUUUUCUGGGCGCAGUAGCGCUUCUGCUAGUGAACCACUAUCUGGCGUUCGUUUACUUCCAGUGGCAAUAUCAUCCCUUUUCGGAGGUGAUGGCUUACUUUACGCUCUGCUUAUGGUUAGUACCAUUCGCACUUUUCGUGUCGUUGUCGGCUAACGAUAAUGUUUUGCCAACGAGUAACGAGAGGACACCCUUAUUGGGCGACGACAUCGUGACGAACUACUUCUCUAGUAGGAAAAAACUUGGACUGCUCUCGUUGUUCAACUAUGCGAAAGAAUCGCUCCUGCCCGAGCGCAAUAAGAAAUCAUUUUAAGUGAACGAUCUCCAAUACCAAUAGAAUCGAAACAUAUUGUUUAAAUUGAAGCUGCGUUAUCAUUGACUCGGAUUUGGGUUUUGCUCUUUUGUUAUUUAUUUAUUGAACGAAGCAAAAUAUCAAUAGUAGCAAAUGGAAUAAAUUGAGUGAGAAUAA